AUGGAUGGUGCUAACACUGUACGCCGUCUCGCCUGUUUACUGCCAAUAGUGCAAACUGAGGUCGAAAUGCAGCCAAUUACACGCACCAUCCUUCGCCUUCGUCUUACACUUCGGCUUUCUGAUGAAUUUAUCUGGUUGGAUCGCUGGCAUGGAAGCCAGCUGGGCUUCUGGGUUUGGGUUGAGGACCCAGACCAGUCGGUAAUCCUCCAUUAUGAACACUGGCUACUGAGCAAAAAACUGGUGCGUCUUAUAUAA